ACAAAAAGAAUUAUGUUUAAUCAAGGUUGAAAAGUUAUUGAUUGCUGCUUUAAUAUCAUAACUGAUUGUGCCCAAAUUCUUGACUGGCUUCAUCUAUGACUUACAUUGAAGUAAAUGCCAUAUCAAAUGAGUGCAGUUUCUCAAAAUCAAUAAAUAAUUACAAUAAAAUAAUAACAAUAAAAAAAUAUUGAGCAACAAGCACAUAAUUUAUUUGAAUUGCAACAAACAUUUUAUCCUACAGGUUUAGUUUGAGCUUGCAUAUUUCACCUCUGGAGAUCAAGUAAAAACACAGUGUCAUGGGAGUUUGUUGUCAUAUUCAUAUUGUGCAAGUAUACAUGAACCAAAAUGACCUCUCUAUUUUAACGGAUGCAUACUAGAAAUUAAUGGCUAAACACCCAAGGUCCAAGGCAAAUGCACAAGAUGCCUUUCCUCCCCUUCCUUCCUUUUUUAUUUUUCUAAAUCUUCAGUUGGUUUGCUUACCCUAAAAAAAAAGAAUAAACACUGUCAUAUAUUCUGUCCACAUGCAUAAAUAGACAUUGGCAGGAGAGAUCUCAUGUUUAUGGAAGGGUUAUCAGCACACAGACAGGCUGGCUUAACCACUGUAUGGACAAAAGCGUACAUAGAAUAACCACAAGACAAUCCCCUUGUACACACCCAUUUCCAGUAACGGUGCAGUUGUGCAUAUCUCCAGCGAGAAUAAAAGAAUCACCCUCCCCCACCCAGCUUUGAGUGAGCAGAAGGCAAUCUUGAAUAUGAAAACAAACCGGCUCAUGCUGAGGAAAUUGGAACAGCCUUAAGGGGUGAGAGAGCAAAAGCAAAAACAAGACAGACAUGAAAAGCCCUGAGCCAUGAAUUCCCUCAUUGGUGCUUUUAGAACAGUGAAUCACAGACAAAAGUGAGCCACCAGCUGGAAUCUGCUGGUUUGCAGCUUAAUGUCAGUAAGGACCAAGACUUUAGACAGUCCCUUUUUAGGCUGAUGUUGUCGAGUCUUACAGGACUAAGGACGAACUCUGAAGGAGAAUUUCUGCACUAUUUUGAGCCAAGCAAAAAAACAACAUUAAGGAUAAGAGGUAACCAUGCCAGGAUUCCAAACAAGUAACUUAUUAGUAGUCUCCUUGGUGUUGGCAUUGGCAACCUUCCUGGAGGUCUGCAGGGCAUGUCAGCUUGGCUCUGCCACACAGUGUGAGAAAUCUCCCUUCGUGCCUGGCUACAACCUUGCUGGGGAGGGUUUCGAUGUGGUACGGAUGCGUCGGACCGGGGCGUAUGUCAUUAAUGUCAAGGGUCAUCUGGCUGACAAUCACACAUGCACACUGUGUCCAAACCGCUUUCACAAAGGACAGAUUCAGAGGCUUCCAGCGGCUGUGUUGGACUGGCGCCCCUUCAGCCGUUGUAGCAAGCAGCUUACUAGUGCCCUCCACCACUCGGUGGACUCCCUGCUGCGCAGCUCCAGCUCGCUGGUGAACAACAACUGGAGUGUUGGUUUGAGCCUUGAUAAAAUCGGCAAGGUAGUGCUGGGAGGGAGCCGCUCAGACUUGGCCAAGUUUGCGCGAUCUCAGCACAGCAUGGACAAAGCUACUUUUGCCAUCCAUGAAAUCAGUUGCACCUACUACAGUUACAGGCUGGCUGAUCACCCCCAACUAAGCACAGAAUUUACGAAGCAUCUGAAAAGACUCACACGGAAUAUCAUGACAAGCCAGAGCAAAGCCAUGUACAGACGACUUAUUGACACCUACGGGACACAUUACAUCCACCAGGUUCAACUUGGUGGCAAGGUGAGGCGAAUCACAGCCUUCAGGACCUGCCUGGCCACACUCAAAGGCUAUAAAGAGGCAGAGAUUAAAAACUGCCUGAAUGCUGAACUCCGCAUGGCCUUGGGUUUCCUACCUGCCAAUGCAUCCUUCUCAAACAAGUGUGACAGCCUGAUGAAGGGAAACCUGAGCCUUGGCUUCUAUCAAGGCUUCAUGACCCAUAAAACUGAAGUCAUUGGAGGGGAGAAAUACUUUCCGGACAUCCUCUACCAGCAGGACCCUUCAGAAGCCUAUCAAAGUUGGAUGAACAGUCUCCAAGAAAACCCAGACGUUGUUUCGUACGGGAUUUCCCCUCUGCACCAUCUGGUAGAGGACCCUCAGAUUAGCGAUAACCUGAGAGAUAUCAUCUCAGAGUAUAUUCAAGAGAACAAACUGCAGGAGGAGGAGCUGGGUUUAAAGAAUUGCUCUCCGACCCCAAACCUCGACCAUAACUGCUGUCCUUUGCGGGGUGGUCGUGGAACUCUUAAACUGGAGAUCCACAAAGCUGCUGGUCUUAAGGCUGACACUUUUACCAAAACAGACGCCUUUGUGAAGAUCUUCUACAACGGUGUGUACGAGGAGACGCCAACAGUGAUGGACGACAACAACCCUGUGUGGAACGCCACCUAUGACUUUGGUUCGGUGGAGGUGGGGCAGGAGUUGCGGUUUGAAGUCUGGGACAGAGACGUGCUUUACAACGAUCAAGCGGGGAUUUGUCUCGUUUUUCCUGAGCGCGGACAUCAUUCCCUAAGCUGUCAACUGAGAAAAGGAGUCCUCUACUUUUCAUACAGUAUCAAAUGCGACGCUCACUUGUCAGGCUACAGGUGUGGACGGUACUCGCCCACUGCAGAGUAGUGUUUUAUUGUUUUCUUGAUUGGGACUGGGAAGACCCUAGUUUACUUUAGCAAGAUCGUAUUGCAGUGAUGAAGCUUAGGGUUUGCUUUGACACUGGCUUCACUGAUCAAUUUAGUACCUAUGAAAAACAUGUUCAUUUAUAGAAGCAUUAAUACCAAUUCCUUUUGUACUUUGUGUAUUAUUACUUAAGACAUACCUCGAUUUUAUAACCCAAUCGUGCUUUGAUGUCAUAAUUUGGAUGACCGUUUUCAUUUGAGUCUCUGAAUAAAUGUUCUUCUGCAUAACAACGUAAAAUAGCAUAUUUUAUGUUCAAGAGUUGAAGAAAUAGUAUAAAAUUUCAAGACUAUUUAAAUGCACAUAAAAAUUUAAUAAAACUACUCUGAACUGGAUUGAGAAUUAUUUACAUAAAAUCACACCCUGACAUCACUUCGUCUAUUUCAGGGGCAUCCAACU